AUGUUACUAUUGUUUGGAUAAUCAAGUAGAGGUAAAAUAGUGAAGUUUACGCAAGGUCUAUUGAGAUCUCACGCAUUCCAUUUAUGUUGAGAAGGACCGCGAAUGUAAACAAACAUUUCAUACAAUCCGGGGAUUUCCACAUUAUUCAACUGGACUCGGUCCAGGAAUUGUUAGAGUUGUAUCCAUGCCCUUCAUUGGUGGAAAUAAAUAGGAAGUGAUUCGUUGAUUUCCGCACAGUGCAUUUCGUUGGGCUUAGAAACAUAUUAUCGCGAUUGAGCUAGAUAACUUCAAAAGAAAAAGAAUCAUGGCAUCUUCAUCAGACGAAGCGGACUACAAUCAGACAACAGACGUCAUGUCUGAAGCUAAGAGCGGGAAUUCAACGCCAUCAUCGUCACAAGAUUCUCAAGAUGAUGAUUUUUUCAUUCCGCCCGGACAACAAUCAGCGUACAGUUCUCAUUUUUUACCGCAAUCCCAGCCCGAUGGCGUUCUCAAAUCGAAUUCGUUAAAGCGACGAUAUUCAUCUCAGUCGACCUCGUCUUCAACACACGAUGAGGAAACUCCAGAACCACCACAGAAAAAAUUUAAUUACUCCAAUAAUGCGAUGCGUGCUAUGUUGAACAUGGGUUAUGAUCCGCAAAAAGGUUUGGGAAAAUCCGGUCAGGGAAUUCUCGAUCCUAUUGAACCAUCGACGCAGGAAGGCCGAAGAGGUUUCGGUCUUAAAUUAGAUGGAUUAGAUGCAUCUGCUCUUAAGUGGUCACCAGAAAUGGAGGAAGUGACGAUUCCUGAGACGAUAGAAUGGCUGAAAAAUGAAGACACCGACUUAUAUGACAUAACUAUGGAAGAUCUCGCAGGCUGGGUGAGAGUUGGCCAUAAGAAACUGACUAUUGACGACGAAACGAAAUUUUGCAAUCCAGAAAUCCUUGAAAAUGUGCUCAGCUCGAAAACGGUAUUUGAUAAAUUGGACGGUAAUAAAAUGCGCUUCGCUCGAAAUCGGAGCAAUCCGUUUGAGCUGAUCAAGGGUGCAAUUUUCAUGAAUCGUGCCGCCGUAAAAAUGGCCAAUAUAGACUCCCUUUGCGAUUUCAUGUUCACUAAUCCAGUAGACGAGAACGGACAAAGUUUGAUUAAGAACAAUGAUUUACUUUAUUUCGCUGAUAUUUGCGCAGGACCCGGCGGGUUUUCUGAAUACGUCCUUUUCAGGAAGCAGUGGGAAGCGAAAGGUUUUGGAUUUACUCUCAAAGGCAAUAAUGAUUUCAAGCUGGACAAAUUUCUUGCCGGACCGCCCGAAACAUUUGAUCCGUACUAUGGGGUGAAAGAUGACGGAAAUAUAUUCGAUCCUGAAAAUAUAACAUCUUUUAUGGAUUUUGUGCUUAAGCAAACGGAAACAGGAGUGCACUUUGUAAUGGCUGACGGUGGAUUUUCAGUAGAGGGCCAGGAGAAUAUUCAGGAGAUUCUAUCGAAGCAGUUGUACCUGUGUCAGUGCCUUGUCGCCCUGUCGAUAUUGCGCGAGAAGGGACACUUUCUCGUCAAACUUUUUGAUCUUUUCACCCCAUUCAGCGUUGGUCUCGUUUACCUCAUGUACAAAUGUUUUGAAGAAAUAAGCAUUUGCAAACCAAAUACAAGUCGGCCAGCAAACUCAGAACGUUAUCUCGUGUGCAAAUGGAAAAAGAAUCACACGGACACAAUCCGUCGCCAUUUGUUCCAUAUAAACGAAGAAAUGUGGGCGAACACGGAUGAGAAUGCGGAUAUCACUGAACUUGUAUGUCAGGAUAUUCUUAUGCAGGAUGAAAAGUUUAUAAAUUACAUUACAAACAGCAACAACAAAUUCGGAGCGAAUCAGAUAGUUGGUUUGAUAAAAGUUGCUGCAUUCUGUAACGACACUAAGCUCGAAGAGAAACGGCAAAACGAGAUCAGGGAGAAGUGUCUGGAGCUGUGGAGAAUUCCGGACAAGGCGAGACGUGAUUCGGAGAAGGUUUCAAUUGAAAGCAUGUUUAGUGAACUGUUAGGCAAUUGGUCAAAGAAUAGGAAAUUCCUGGAAAUGCAACCCAAAGAGCUCUGCAGUGUUGGUGACCUGAAAAAGCGCUUUUCAAGCAUCUACAAUUGGCACUUUGUCCCUAUCGGCCGCGAAGAGACUGAACGUAAUAUUAGAGCGAUAUUCCUCUGCAGAGGUGGACAUGAUGUUCAUGUUUACACAGCAUCGGGGACCUGGCGCCUGUUGCGGGACAUUUCUGUCGAAAUUACUCCAAAGAGUCUCUUUUACGGUGAGGUCGUCACAGAAAUGACAGGAGAGAGCCGAUCUCAAUGUAAAGUCCUCGCUCUGCAUAUUAUCGAUGCAAUUUACCUCGGCGGCAAAGAUAUACGUAAAUAUUCGCUCACGGAGCGUAUGAAAAUGUGUGAGAAAUUCGCUCGUGCCCUAAAUAAACCCACCAAACCGAAUGCUGCGCCCAUUGCACCAAUCCGAGCAAAAAAACUAUUCCCUCUAAUCGAAUUGGAAUCAUUUUUCGAACAAAUGAAACCGUAUAAGCUUAAGGACGGCAGCACACGUCUAGGGCUGCGAAUCCGAACGGAGGAUGAGAGGACUGAAAGAUUCUAUGUUCCUGGCGGACUGAUGUUUUUCAACGCAAUCUAUCCACCGCUUACGUGCCACUUGUCCAAGUCAACGCAAUGCCACUAUUUUUCUGAUCCACGGACGAAAAAAUCCUUUUACAUACAAGAGGUGCCUAAUCCAGGCGAGGUGUUUACAUCAUUUCGGGCAACUUUCGAACUUCGUUUGCUAUGGAGAUGGGUUAACGUUCAUCAGGUAGAUAAGCACUUGGACGAAUCAGUUAAGUCUCCAGGCAUCUUAUAUCGAUCAGACUUUUAUCAAUUUUUAAGAGAAACUUUAAUAGCCUAAGGACAAAAUACAUUUGCGGACAUUGUAGGUUAAUUUGUUUUUAGAGAGUUAUAUAUAUAUGUAUAUCAAAAAGUAUA